AUGAGCCCACCUAGCCUAUCAGCGGCGGGCGACCUCGACGUCCACGGUGACAUGGCAUCAACGCCUCCACCACCGUCAUCAACGUCGUACCAUACCAACGACGUCGCCUCCACUACCUCCGUCACGCUCACUAAAGAGCAAUUCUACGAGCUGAUCAGGAACCAGCGCCCCGCACGGGACGACGACGCAUUCUCCAUGCGUCAGCGCCUACCCCCAGCCAACCCUCCGGUCUUCCCCGACGACUCGAAACUUACGGAGGACAAUUACGUUGACUGGGUCCCCACGAUGCCGCCAUGCUCGCCCUCUUGGGCUGGAUUCAACGCUCGGACGAAUCGAGCGACGGUCCCCGUUGCGAAGGCGGUCGUGCCGACCAAACGCUCUGCACCAGGCAAGAAGGGAAAAUGGGAUCGUUCUGGUCCUGCCCCGAGCAACUGCCCAGCUUGUGGUCAAGGCAAACACUGGCUCGACAAGUGUCCGGAAUUGCGCAAGCGAGCCAAGUACCUCGAGCUCAAGAACGCCAUGAAGGAACUCCAAGGCUCAUCAUCGCCUGCGUCCACGUUCGUGGCCACCGAGGCAGCAUCCAAGGAUCAACACCUGUCCGUCGUUUCUUCUGCUACGUUUGUCAACAUCGGGCCACCGGCGGAAAUCCUUCUGCUAGACUCGGCGUCGGCGUGCCACGUCGUCAACGAUGCGUCCUUCUUUGACGGCCCCCUUUCGCCUACCCCGCAAGUCCUGCAAGGUCUAGGGGGAACGGUGAAGGCCUCGGGAAUCGGCUCGGUCAAGCUCGUCUCCGAUAAUGGUACCAGGUUCACCCUCAACGACGUGAUCUACGCCCCCGAGAGCCCUGCCAACCUCAUCUCAGUCCGGGCCUUCGACCGCAAAGGCGUUCGCAUCACCUUCGAACACGGACAAGUCGAGCUCCGCACGCCGCAAGGGUGCAUCGCCACAGCAUCAGCCAUCGCGUCCUGCGUUUACAAACUCAACGCUUCGGUCCAAGCUGCCAGCAAAGAUGCGCGACACACCCUCGUUGCCACCAAGUCCAAUAGGCUACCUUUACUUACCCUUCACCGGCGCUACGGCCACGCCUCUGUCCAGACACUUAAAAAACUGGCGGCCUCUGGCCAGGUGGAGGGUUUAGAUUGGCCCUAUAGUGACUUCGAGUGUGAUGGCUUCACCUGCAACGCGUGCCUUGCCUCCAAAGCGCAUCGUUUGCCUUUCCCCUCUUCGUCGUCGCAUGCCGCGGAACCACUCGCAUUGGUGCACUCGGACGGUGCACUCGGACGUCUUAUCUUUCCCCGAAGAAUCCUUAGGCCAUAAGCGAUACCUCGUCACGUUCAUCGACGACUUCUCGAGGAAGACUUGGGUUUACCCUAUCGGGCACAAGAGCGAGGUCCUUCAGACAUUCAAGGAUUGGCUUCUGGAGAUCGAAAACGCCACGGGUCGCAGGGUCAAAACACUUCGCUCGGACAACGGGGGCGAGUAUGUCUCUACCGCUUUCAACGGCUAUUGCGUGGCCCGCGGAAUUCAUCGCGAAUUGACCAUACCGUACACACCCGAGCAAAACGGUCGGGCUGAGCGAGCCAACCGGUCGAUCGUCGAGGGCACCCUGGCUCUACUGUCUCACUCGGGACUCCCACGAUCGUGCUGGGACGAGGCUGCCAUGUGUUACAUUCACGCCAAGAACCUCUCGCCUCAUGCGGCCCUUGGUGGAGCCAUCCCAAACAGUCGUUGGUCGGGCCACACACCAAGCGUAGGGGGUCUUCGGGCAUUCGGUUGUCGCGCUUGGACCACCGUGCCGGCUCACCGACGGGACAAGCUCGACCCAAAAGGGAUUCCUCUGGUCUUCGUCGGGUACGAUCGACACGCGAAAGCCUACCGUCUUCUCGAUCCUUCCUCCAUGCGUGUGAGUCUGGGCCGCAAUGUGACGUUCGUAGAAACCGAGUUCCCCUUCGCUAUCGCGCCCACCCGAGUGACGCAGCCGUCCAUCCCGGGUUACGCCCCCCAGCCCCCACCCGUCGAAGCUCCAACACCCGUCGAGCCUCCCCCACGGCCACCGGCCCCAACGCCUGUCGAGGCACCCGCGUCGCCCGCAUCGACCAGCUCGGCCGACAACGACGACGCCUCAUCGACCACGAGCGCAACGACGGAGUCAGCCGUGAACCUGCCGCAACCACCUCCGGAUCCAGCUCCACUCGCCAAAGUCAAGCCGAGUUGGGAGUACGGCGACGUCGCCAAGGUUGGUCCCGAUCCAGGGAAGUACGGUGAAGUCGACGCUCGAAACAUCAUUGAUGGCCCCCGGACUCGCCGCCAACCCGUUCCCACCAUGAUCACGCGGGAACAGCCAGUCGACGGCACCGACGGACCCACCGCCUCUUUCAAGAGCCUGCUCCUUGCCUUCGCAUCCACCAAGGCCGGCUUCGCAGAUCAUGACUUGUCGGUUGUUCGCGAUCCGGCAAAUUGGGGCGACGUCAUCCGAUCGGGACAAGAGGACGUUUGGGGCGCUCCGGCACAGGAUGAAUUCGAUUCGCUUCUGAACGAUUACGAGGUCUUUCAAAUCGUCGAAUCCUGUGAGCUCCCAGCGGGUGAGAUCCUCCUGCGGUCGGGCUGGGUGUUCCGGACUAAACGCAACCAGCAUGGCGACAUCACCGAUCACAAGGCCCGACUUGUUGCUCACGGAUGUGCCCAACGCCCUGGCCUUGACUUCGAGAAGACCUACGCCCCUGUCGUCAAAUUCACGUCCAUUCGAGCCCUCAUCGCACUCGCCGCGGCCAACGGCUAUCACGUCCAUCAGGCCGACGUCAACAAGGCGUAUUUACACGGCAAACUUGACAAGCCUCUCUACAUGCGCGUCCCUCAGGGCAUAAACCUGCCAGGCAAGAUCCUCAAGCUGUCCAAAUCCAUCUACGGCCUUCGCCAGGCCGGCACCAUCUGGAACGCUGAGAUCGACUCGACUCUGCGGUCCCUCGGAUACGUCCCCACCAGGUCUGACAUCUGUAUCUACCGCCGCGAACACGACGGGCACUCACACUAUAUUGCCUUGUACGUCGACGACUUGCUUUUGGUUGGUCCCUCUACCGCCGAAAUCGAGCGGGUGCUGGACGCGCUGGAACUCGCAUACGGCAUCAAACGUCUCGGACCUGCCGAAUAUAUUCUAGGCAUCCAAGUCAAACGUGGACAAGACGGCUCUAUCACGCUCUCACAAGAGCGCUACCUUCGGGACAUCCUUGCCAGGUUCCAAUUCACCGAUGCCAAGCCGGCAAGUAUUCCAAUGCAGCCAGGUGUCGUCCUUGACUUCGAGGACUUGGCGGCCACUCCUCAGGAUCGUACGCGCUACUUGCAGGCCAUCGGUUCGUUGAUGUACGCCGCAGUUGGAACUCGUCCGGACCUCGCCUUCGUGGUCAGCUACCUCGCUCGCUUCUCCCAGCAGCCUGGCCCGGAGCAUUGGACAGCCAUCAAGCAGGUCCUCCGUUACAUCAAAGGCACGCUGGACUUGGGCCUCACCUAUCGCAAGACCAGCCAACCACUCCGUGGCUACUCGGAUGCGAACUGGGGAGCCUGUCUAACGACCUCACGAUCGACCAUGGGCUACGCGUUCAUCUUGUCCGGAGCCGCUAUUGCUUGGUGCUCCAAACGCGAGCACAGGGUGGCCAAGUCCACUACCGACGCAGAGUACCUCUCUCUUUCGUACACAAGCGGUGAUGCCAUCCACCUGAGCGAACUCCUGGCUGAACUUGGCGCUCCGGUCUCCGGUCCAGUCGUACUCUACGGGGACGACCAAGGUUCGCUGGCUCUUGCGCAGCACCCGACCAACCAUCAGGGGUCUCGUCAUGUUCGCAUCUCGGAACAUUACGUCCGCGAGAGGGUAGCUGAGAAGGAGAUCGAGGUCCGCUACAUCGCCACCGGCGACAUGAUUGCCGAUAUUUUCACCAAAGCCUUGGGUCCCAAGCCGUUCAUCUUCCAUCGGGAGAAUUUGGGUUUGCGAGGUGCAGUGGUAUGA